UGAUCAGUGAUCAGGCUGGACCUGGACUAGUAGAUUCAACGAAAAGGACGCUUCCUUUUCCAUUCCUAUUUCAGUCCAUCUCUUUCUGUUCUGCUUCUUUCUCUAUAGGUGAAGGAUCCACCUAAAGAUUAAUCACAUUCUCUUUUUUCUCGUCCUCUCAUUUUUUCUCUCUCAGUAUUUUCUUCAAGCACAUAGAGAUUCAGAACGAGAGGAAGAAGUGGGAUGCGUCUUAGUCAGUUGCAGAGCUCUUCUCAGGCAUGGAUAUCUCCGCCUCGAUUCCCGACAUUAAGUCUCCUUUCUCCCUCUUCCAGAAAGAGGAAGUCAAUGCCAAACCAACUUUGGUGUAUCAAGUCUUCUGCUUUACAUGCACGGGAUUUCAGAAUACGCCUUGGUGGGAAUUGGAAAGCUAGUUCUCCGAGGCUGGGGGAUAAGAUGAAAUGUACUGCUUACACAGACAAUACAGAUGAUUCAGAUUCCAGGUUCCUUAGAAUGAGGCAGAACAGUGGUUCUCAGGUGAGAGCUUAUGGAGCUGAACUCACAAUUGGAUCUAUUUCAUCAUAUUACAUAUUCAGAUUAAUGCAAUUGAAUUUUCUAAAUUCAUUAACAAAGAUUGUUCAAGACUUAUUUCCCCGUUUCGAUUUGACUUUUGGAGGCAUGAGUUCACCUUUUGCUUGUGUAUCCAAUUCCCUGAGCAAACCCACGCCUCUUGGGCUGGAUGUGUCCUUCCCUUCUUUUCAAGAUCUUCGGUGGACCCUAGCACGUCUAAUCUAUCUGUUCAACAUCCAACUGGAAAGAAAUGUGGCCACAUUCUUUAUAGUGCUCCUUGUGGCUUGCUUCUCGUUUGUUAUCAUUGGCGGGUUCCUGUUUUUCAAGUUUAGAGGAAGUACACAGUCUCUGGAGGACUGCUUUUGGGAAGCUUGGGCAUGUCUAUGUUCAUCAUCUACUCAUCUAAAGCAAAGAACACGUGUUGAACGUGUUAUUGGCUUUCUUCUUGCCAUCUGGGGCAUACUGUUCUACUCUCGGCUUUUGAGUACAAUGUCAGAGCAGUUCAGGAAUAACAUGCAAAGGCUCAGGGAAGGUGCGCAAAUGCAAGUACUUGAGACAGAUCAUAUCAUUAUUUGUGGAGUAAACAGUAAAUUGAAUUUCAUACUAGAGCAGCUAAAUAAGUAUCAUGAGUUUGCUGUUCGCUUAGGAACUGCUACAGCUAGGAGGCAGAGAAUUCUUCUUAUGUCUGAUCUUCCAAGGAAGCAAAUAGACAAGCUAGCUGACAAUCUUGCCAAAGAUCUUAACCAUAUUGAUGUCCUUACUAAGAGUUGCAGCCUUAGCCUAACAAAAUCAUUUGAAAGAGCUGCUGCCAAUAAGGCACGUGCCAUAAUUAUAUUGCCAACAACAAAGGGGGAUCGGUAUGAAGUGGAUACCAAUGCAUUUCUAUCUGUGCUAGCUCUUCAACCUAUUUCAAAGAUAAACUCUGUCCCUACCAUUGUUGAGGUCUCAAACGCCAAUACAUGUGAACUCUUAAAGUCAAUUUCUGGGGUGAAAGUAGAGCCGGUGGAAAAUGUGGCAUCCAAAUUAUUUGUUCAAUGCUCUAGGCAAAAGGGGCUGAUAAAAAUCUACAGACAUUUGCUUAAUUAUCGAAAAAAUGUAUUUAAUCUUUGCAGUUUGCCUGAUCUAGCAGGAAUUAGGUAUAGGCAACUGAGACACGGAUUUCAAGGGGUAGUUGUAUGUGGUCUUUACCGGAACGAAAAGAUAUAUUUCCACCCAAAUGAUGAUGAAAUCCUGCAGAAAAGUGACAAAAUCUUGUUCAUUGGACCUGUUUAUCUGAGAAGGAAACUUGAAAUUGCAUCAUCUAGAAUUUUCAAAGAAGGAACUCCUUUGCAAAAUCUGAAAGUUGGAGAUGAUAAUGAAGAUAUAAAUUAUGCCAUAGAAUUGAUAAAAACUCGACUAAAAAAUAUUGUAAAGCGUCCCAAAAAAUCAGGGUCUAAGGCAUCAGAUUCGUCUCUUGGACCAAAAGAAUGUAUACUUUUACUUGGGUGGCGCCCAGAUGUUGUAGAAAUGAUUGAAGAAUAUGAUAACUAUCUCGGACCAGGAAGCACAUUGGAAAUUUUAUCAGAUGUACCGUUAGCUGACAGGAAAAAGGCAAGCAACAGUGCUGGUCAAGACAAACUGAAAAAUGUCCAAGUUUCCCACCGGAUUGGAAAUCCGAUGGAUUAUGAUACCUUAAAGGAAACCAUUAUCAACAUUCAGAAUUCUUAUAAGAAAGGUGAAGAUAUUCCCUUGUCAAUCGCUGUAAUCUCAGAUAGAGAAUGUCUUCUUGGAGAUUCAUCCAGGGCGGAUAAGCAAUCCGCAUUCUCUCUUCUUCUUGCUGAAAACAUCUGCAAUAAACUUGGAGUGGAGGUACAAAAUCUAGUUGCGGAGAUUGUCGACUCAAAAUUAGGCAAACAAAUUACUAGAAUCAAACCUUCCCUGACUUAUAUAGCAGCAGAGGAAGUAAUGAGCCUUGUCACAGCUCAAGUGGCAGAGAACAGUGAACUGAAUGAGGUGUGGAAAGACAUUCUAAACGCAGACGGUGAUGAAAUAUAUGUUAAGGACAUUAGCCUCUAUAUGAAGGAGGGGGAGACUCCUUCAUUCUUUGAGCUUUCUGAAAGGGCAUUUUUGCGGCGUGAGGUUGCUAUAGGCUAUGUCAAAGAUAAUAAAAAGGUUAUUAAUCCGAUUCCCAAGUCUGAACCCCUCUCACUGGGAGUGAUGGACAAAUUAAUUGUUAUAUCUGAGCUUGAAGGAGAACAACCUAUCGUUUAUGAAGUUGAAACUUGAAUCAUCAUCUAUUGGUGCCCCAUUGAUUUCUUUUAGUUGUUAUAGGAGCUGUCUAACUUAAGUUCAGACUGAAAAUAUGAAAGAAAAUUUCCCAAUAACAGUAAGAUAACAUGAAAGAAGGGUUCAUUGGAAGUUUUGACCGGAGAUCGUUGAAUCUAAAACUGAAUAAUGGUAGUUUGGCAAUUUGUAGACUUCUCAGCAAAGGAGCUACCCUGUUAAAGAUUCAGCUGGCUUGAAGUCUUGUGAUUUUAAAAGUACUAUGAACAUCUGGACAAAAUCACAAGACAUUGAAGAAUAGAUGAUUUCAUAGAUCCAAAACAAUGGAUCAUAAUGAACAGGAGAAAAUUUGCAAAUGUUCGUGGCAUAACAGGUGCGACAUUUGGGUAAAUUUUCGUUGGCGCCAUUGUAGCAGUAGCACAAUCGUUCAUAAGGGAGUUUAAAGCCUCUGUCUGCAUGGUUCAUGCUGCAUCCUCUUCCAUUCUCUUGUAAUGCAGUGAACUGAAUUUAUCAAUCCCGCGGUCGUGGGUCAUGUGGAUCUCUCUUUUCCCAUGCAGGUUUGGGUGAUUGUUAAUAUACGAAGAAUUUUGGAUCAAAGUUGUAAAUGAUCUGGAGAGGAAAAAUUAUUCAUUUAAUUUUUUAGGUCGAACGUCGUAAUUGAGUUUAUCCAAAAUAAGUUGCUUCGUAGCAAGGGUUGAAAAUUAAACCGUAAAUUUUUUGUGGUCAUUUUAAUUUUUGUAUGUAUUAAAAUAAACUAGAAAUUAUUUUUGUACGAGGAAAUUGAAAUGGAGUGCAAUCGAAUUAAAAUA